AACCUGUUCGCCGCCAAAAAAGAAAGGCUGGCGUUUGAAAAGCAGCGAUGGUGUCCAAAGAAGAGACUGCAACUGUCCGCGCGUUCGUGCGCGACCAACUGAGCGGAGAACCGGACCUCAGCACUCUAACUCUGGGAAUUCUGAAGAAGCGGUACCUCAAACAUGUGAAAUGUGACUCCUUAAGUCCAGAAGUCAAACAACUGUUGAAACAGGUUGUUGAAGAGGAGUUGCUGAAAAUGCAGGAGAGUGAGGGCAACAGCAGUGAAAGCAACGCGGAAAACAAGAAGCCGCAGAGCAAAAGGAAGAGAGAGGAGGAAGAUAAAGAUGAACUGUUGGAGGAGAAAGAAGAUAAAUCCAAAAAAAAGAAAUCGCGAACAGAGCAUUCAAGGUCAUCGUCUGAAUCAGAAGAUAAAGCAGAUCUCAAAACAAGCAGUGAGGAGAGCGAAGACGAACAAAAUCAGUCAGAAUCAGAUGAUCUGAAGCAAGAGGUGGAGAGAUCAAAGCAAAAUAAAAACAGAAGCCGUAAACAGAGGUCAAGCGGCGAUGACUCGACGGAUGCUUCAGAAGAAGAAAAGAGUCCAAAGAAAGUGGUGAGAAAGAAGAUGAAGAAUGGAGACUCGAAAAACAACAGUACAAGUGAAGCCGAGAAGAAGAGCGGUGAGCAGAAUGACAGUGAUGCUGACAGCAAAUCAGAAAGGAACAAUAAAAGUAGUGGCAAUGACUCUUCUGAUGAUGGUGAAGAAGAGGAAAAAGUUGAAGCGGAUAAGAAGAAGCCUGACACAGACUCAGAUUCAUCUUCAUCUCUACCUUCACUGGACGACGAGGAGCGGAACGGGUCCGGACAAACACAAGUUAGAAAGAAGAAAGGGGCAAAAAAAGAUGGUAGCAGUAAAAGUGAAAAAAGUGGUGACAGAGCAAUUAAUAGGCUCAAACGUUACAUCGCUCUCUGCGGCGUGAAGAAGAAUUACAAGAAGCUCCUGGAUGACUGCCGCUCCAAGUCAAAGGUGGCUGUUCUCAAGAAAGAGCUGGAGAUCUGGGCGUUCACGGUCAGUGGUGUGCCAUCUAUUAAGAAAUGUAAACGGGUCAAAAAGAAGCGGGAAGAGGCUCAGGAGCUGGCUGCUCUUGAUGUCAACAACAUCAUUACAACAAAGGCAGGUCGACCGAAACGCAGAGGAGCAUGGCAGCAACAGCCGGACCCUCCACCGUCUGCAUAUCAGCGCUCUCUGAACUCUGACUCUGACAGCGAUCAGGACAGCAGUGCUCCGAAAGGACGCAAGAAACUAACAGCAUGGGCCAACCUGCAGGGAAUCAUCAGUGAUGAUGGAGACAGUGACUGAUGAGGACAAGUUCUGUUUAAACUGUACCAAGGCAAAAUCUUA